AUGCAUGUCUCAGUCUACCUGUUUCAGUAUAUUUCAGUAGAAGUCUUCUUUCCCUCAGAAAACAUGGCGACUGAGGGUGAGCCCACUGACCUGGUGAAAGUCCUCCACCUGCUCGUACUGUCCUUCACUUGGGGCAUGCAGCUCUGGGUCACAUUCAUUGCAGGUUUUUCCCUGGUGCGGCAGGUCAGUCGGCACACUUUUGGAGUUGUGCAGAGUAAACUGUUCCCUCCUUACUUCUACUGUCUUCUUGGGACUAACUUGGUCAGCCUGACCAUGUACGCUGUGUACCACCCCAGAGAGCUGCUGGAGACUCAUGAAGCCAUCCAGAUGCUGCUUUACUUCGUCGCCCUGAUCACAGCUGGUUUAAACGCACAGUGGUUUGGCCCCUCCAAUACCGAGGUGAUGUUCCAGAUGUGGGAGGUUGAGAAGGAACAUGGAUUAGGACAACAGAUCGGACUUGGCGCCCAAAAGGAGGAAUUCGCCAAACUUAAAGAGAAAGACCCCAAAUACAGAGAAUACAGGAAAAGGUUUGGCCGCUACCAUGGACUGUCCGCUCUGUGCAACCUCAUCGGCUUCAUGUGUGCCACUUGUAGCGCAGAGAUGGCGUCCAGUGACUCCCGGCUCCAGCAGCAGCCCUCUCAGAAGGAUGCGGCCGACCAGAACUUUGACUACAUGUUCAAACUGCUCAUUAUCGGGAACAGCAGCGUGGGAAAGACCUCCUUCCUGUUCCGGUACGCAGACGACUCCUUCACCUCGGCCUUCGUCAGCACCGUGGGCAUCGACUUUAAGGUCAAGACCGUGUUCCGCCAGGACAAGAGGAUCAAGCUGCAGAUAUGGGAUACAGCAGGACAGGAGCGGUACCGCACCAUCACCACCGCCUACUAUAGAGGGGCCAUGGGCUUUCUGCUCAUGUACGACAUCACCAACCAGGACUCCUUCAACGCAGUGCAAGACUGGGCCACUCAGAUUAAAACAUACUCGUGGGACAACGCGCAGGUGAUCCUUGUGGCAAAUAAGUGCGAUCUUGAAGACGACAGACUCAUCCCAACAGAGGACGGGCAGCGGUUAGCGGAGGACCUCGGUUUUCAGUUCUUCGAGGCCAGCGCUAAAGACAACAUCAACGUGAAGCAGGUGUUCGAGCGGCUGGUGGACGUGAUCUGCGACAAGAUGAACGAGAGCAUGGACGGAGACAUGAACCUUAUGUCCAACCACAGGACCCAAAACCUGAAGGACUCCUCCUCAGAGAACCAGGGCAGCUGCUCCUGUUAG